CGAUCAGAAGGCCACGGAGCAGCUGACCAGGACCCUGCGCGGCGUCAUGCGCGUGGGGCUCGUAGCCAAAGGCCUCUUGCUCAAGGGGGACCUGGAUCUCGAGCUGGUUCUGCUCUGCAAAGACAAACCCACCACGGAUCUGCUGGAGAAAGUGGCCGACAAUCUGGGAGUCCAACUCGCUGCUAUUACAGAAGACAAAUACGAAAUCAUCCAGUCGGUCGGCGACGACGCCAUCGUCAUCAAGAACACGCGAGAGCCGCCGCUGACGCUCACCAUCCACUUGACGUCGCCCGUGGUCCGGGAGGAGAUGGAGAAGCAGUCGGCGGGAGAAACGCUAUCAGUCACCGACUCCCCGGACGUUCUGGACAGGCAGAAAUGCCUUGCUGCCUUGGCGUCACUGCGACACGCCAAGUGGUUCCAGGCCAGGGCUAACGGGCUGAAGUCGUGCGUCAUCGUGAUACGAGUGCUGCGGGAUCUCUGUACUCGGGUUCCAACGUGGGCACCGCUGCGAGGAUGGCCUCUGGAGCUGCUGUGUGAGAAAUCCAUCGGAACCGCCAACAGACCCAUGGGCGCUGGCGAGGCCCUGAGGAGGGUCCUCGAAUGCCUCGCCUCGGGAAUCGUCAUGCCAGAUGGUUCUGGUAUUUAUGAUCCUUGUGAAAAAGAAGCCACUGAUGCUAUUGGGCAUCUAGACAGACAACAAAGGGAAGAUAUCACACAGAGUGCUCAGCACGCCCUGAGGCUCGCUGCCUUUGGCCAGCUUCACAAAGUCUUGGGGAUGGACCCCCUGCCUUCCAAAAUGCCCAAGAAACCAAAGAACGAAAACCCCGUUGACUACACUGUCCAGAUUCCUCCCAGUACGACGUACGCCGUCACCCCGAUGAAGCGUCCUAUGGAGGAGGACGGCGAGGAGAAAUCUCCCAGCAAAAAGAAAAAGAAGAUUCAGAAAAAAGAGGAAAAACUCGAACCUCCCCAGGCCAUGAACGCGCUGAUGAAGCUAAACCAGCUCAAACCUGGGCUCCAGUACAAACUGGUCUCUCAAACUGGGCCCGUUCACGCUCCCAUCUUCACCAUGUCGGUGGAAAUCGAUGGCAGCACCUUCGAGGCGUCGGGGCCUUCCAAAAAGACGGCCAAGUUGCACGUGGCCGUGAAGGUGUUGCAAGAUAUGGGUUUACCAACAGGAGUAGAAGGCAAAGACUCCGGGAAAGGCGACGAAUCGGCCGAGGAGACGGAGCAGAAACCGGUCGUGGUCGCUCCUCCUCCCGUCGUCGAAACCGUCUCAACGCCCACGGCCGCUUCCCCUCCCGCGGAUCAGACCCCGGAGAACGUGAAACAGCAGGGACCAAUUCUGACGAAGCACGGCAAGAACCCGGUGAUGGAGCUGAACGAGAAAAGGCGCGGGCUGAAAUACGAACUGAUUUCGGAAACGGGCGGCAGCCACGACAAGCGCUUUGUCAUGGAGGUGGAGGUGGACGGGCAGAAAUUCCAAGGAGCCGGUUCAAAUAAAAAGGUGGCCAAAGCCUACGCCGCCCUGGCCGCGCUGGAGAAGUUGUUCCCCGACGCUCCCGUUGCCAUCGAGCAAAACAAGAAGAAAAGACCCCCCGUGCCGGCGAGGGGAGGCCCCAAAUUUGCAGUAAAG